UGAGAGCCUGAACUGUCAAACUGUGAAAAAAUAACAUUUUUUACCUUUCCUCCUGUGCGUGUGGUGCGUGUUCUUCUGGACGGUAGCUGACAUCAGCAUUAGGAAAGGGAGAAAAUUGGUGUUCCUACUGUUAAAUUGGCGAUAAAUAUGCAUUAGACUGGAAGGAAAUGCUAGUUUCCGUGGAGCAGUCCAAUGUAACUGCUUAGAGCGGCACGAUUAUCGAUAGCCGCAAAACUGGAAGCACAGUCCUCUUCUUCCGGGUAGUGAAGCAGGCAAUAGGUAUCUGGACGGUUGAAGGCAGUGCCAAGUAGACUAUUGGUGGUCGGUGACAACGUUCGUAACGAACUGGAGAAGCUCAAGCAUGGCUUGGAUCUAUUGAAAAGUGGCAUCAUCUUCUUCGAAAUUACGGCUGUGAUAUGAUCUGAGCUAGAGCAACCCAUAAUUCUGCACGACUAGGAACUUUUCGAGUCAAUAUCUAAUAUAGGAGAACACGGAUUUCGUUAAGAUAUGAACAGUAUGGAUAACCCAGGAGACAUAAACAUGGAAGUGACCCGGCCACCCGUGAUGAAAGUUGCCAGUUGCAGUAAACCGUUCCAAUGUUCAGAGUGCGAGAAACAGUUUCGACAGCUCAGCACUCUGACCAACCACAUGAAAAUCCAUACAGGCGACAAACCCUAUAAAUGCACAAUAUGCUCGAAAGAGUUCCGCCAGACUACAACGUUAUCGAAUCACAUAAAAAUACACACAGGUGAAAAACCAUUUCACUGCUCGUUUUGUAGUAAACAGUUUCGGCAGCUGAGUACGCUUUCGAAUCAUCUGAAAAUCCACACUGGUGAAAAACCUUACGAAUGUUCCGUUUGUGGAAAGCAGUUCCGACAGUCUAGUACGCUUAAUAGUCACAUUAGGAUCCAUUCGGACGAUAAGUAUUCUGUGAAACCUUUCAAGUGCACAAUGUGCCCCAAGGAGUUCCGCCAAACUACGACCCUGUCAAACCACCUGAAAAUUCACACAGGUGAAAAACCCUACACUUGUACAUAUUGCAAUAAGAGUUUUAGACAGACAGGAACGCUCUCGAAUCAUAUGAAAAUACAUACCGGCGAAAAACCCUACGAGUGCGCGGUAUGCCGAAAACAGUUUAGACAGUCUAGCACGUUAAAUUCUCAUAUCCGAAUUCACACAGAUGACAAGAUUUGCAAAACGACGUCUUCACCCGUUCCUGUUCCACUACCGGUAACCACCAUCACGAUGAAGCUGGAGGAUUUAAAACCGCUCUACACGAUAAUUUAAUAAGUAUACGAAUCGACCGAGAACAACCAGAAAUCAGCCAAUUCCACUUGUAACGUCAUUUAUCAACAUGCACUACUGAUUCCAUGGCAGAGCUUUGGAAAUGCACAGCAGCUUAUCACCACAGAGGCGUUAAUCCAAUCAAUUUAAAUCAACUUUCACAAAUCGGUUCAUUAUCUUUCUUAAACCCAUAAGCCAAUUGGUUGCUAUUUUGAAUGUAGGAUUUCAGUAGCCUACACUUGGCCGCGGCUAGAAAUGAACGAGUAAUUUUCCUCUUCGGAAUAUGUAUCACUAUUCGCAUCGGUGUUUGUAAAUUCCAUUCAAUUGAUGGGUUGCUCCAACCAAUUCCUGUUAUUUUCCAAUCAAUCACCUUGUAAUCGAAUUAAUUCCGCCGGUGCAUUCGAAAGCCAAAUGAAAACAUUAGCCAACCUGCAUGAGUGCAUCAUCCUUCGUGGGGUCGUCAUGGGAGAGAUUGCGGGCCCGCCUUGGGACCCAUUAAGUUUAAUCAGGCUCACUUCCACGCACAAUAAGGGUUAUCUAAAGUACGUGACGGUAAUGGAAAUGUGGCCAAUGCCAGGUCGCGGGGAACAUCAUUUGGGGUUGCGCGAGAUGUCGAUUCACGGGUAGAAAGCCCGGUGACUGGGCUGGAAACUCAUCUCAUUGAUGGAAAAUGGUCGCCUUAUCAGUAGGUCUGCAAUCGAACGGGUAAUUAUAGCAGGACAAAUUGGAGGCGCAGCCACAUUCGGAUCACAGCUGGUUCGCUGAUGAAGGAUCGCUGAACAAAUAUGAGGAUGGUCAUGUACAGCUCGUAGAUUGGGUUGUGGGGAUGUUCAAGUUAAGUCUAACAACAAAACCUACACUAUGUGUCUGAACUUUGAUGUAGCAAAAUUGCAUGUUUGUCGAUCUUUGGAUUAAUUUCUAUAAUUCUCAAAAGGAAUAUAAUUUCAAAAAGUAGUUACCAAUUGAAUGCUUGUCUGCUUUUGUAUUUGUUUUCCAACUCAGUUACUGCAAAAUUCUGCUUUGCUGUAAAAAAGAGUAUAACUGACACGUUUACGUUCUGUUUAUGUGCAAUUGACAGUUAUACAAAAUCUGUGCAUAUCGUUCAUACUUUCAUACUUUCAUUUUGUUGAAAAUCUACAUCAUCUCUUUAUAAAUUUGUGUUUAUACUCCCAUGCGGGUUUAAACUUGAGUCUGAUAUAUGUACCUAAUUUCUUUUAUAUUAAUUUUAAUGAUUAAUUACAAGCUUUACGCUAGUUGCAUAUUGCCGAAGGUCUGGAAUAAUGAAGCACAGACAAACAGACAUAACACAUUGAACAUUUACUUAUCAAAUUCAUCGUCGUUCAAACACUAACGACAUCUGUUGAUUUCAGUUAGUUGGGCAAAUCACGAACCAGAUGGCGGUAGUGAGCAAACUCGAGCAAAAAUGAUGCGCGCGCCACAAGUGAUCGAUUGGCCAACUAAUGAUUAUUUGAAUUGACCAGUAAAUCAGUGAACGAUGGAAAUUUGAUGAGUGUUAUGUCUGUUUGUCUGUGAAUGAAGUGUAAGCCAUGUCGCUAAUAAU